AUGUAUCUAUUGCAAUUCUCUCUCUCUCUCUCUCUCUCUCUCUCUCUCUCUCUCUCUCUCUCUCUCUCUAACUUCUGUAUUAACCCCAAUUCUUUCUGUCUCUCCCAUCAGGAUUUGCCCCAAUUCUCUCUCUAUCUCUAUCUCUCUCUAACUUCUGUAUUUACCCCAAUUCUCUCUUUAACUUUUGUAUUUAGCCAAUUUUGUCUCUCUCUCUCUCUCUCUCUCUCUCUCUCUCUCUCUCUAACUUCUGUAUUUAUCCCAAUUCUCUCUCUCUCUCAAUCUCUCUCUCAUUCUAUCUUAUUUACCCCAAUUCUCUCUCUAUCUCUCUAUCACACUCUCUCUCUAAAACUUCUAUAUUCAUCGCAAUUCUCUCUCUCUCUCUUACCUAACUUCUGCAUUUACUGUAAUUCUCUCUCUCUCUCUCUCUCUCUCUCUCUCUCUCUCUCUCUCUCUCUAACUUCUAAUUUACACCAAUUCUCUCUGAAUGUCUCUCUCUCUCUCACUGUCACAAUUCUCUCUCUCUCUUUAACUUCCGUAUUUAUCCACAUUCUAUCUUUCUCUCACUCUCUCUAUCUAUCUCUCUAUCUAUAUUGCUCUAACUUCUAUAUUCAUCGCAGUUCUAUAUCUCUCUCUCUCUCUAACUUCUGCAUUCAACCCAAUUCUCUCUCUCUCUCUCUCUUUCUCUCUCUCUCUGUAACUUCUUAUUUACCCGAAUUCUCUCUAUAUCUCUAUCACACUCUCUCUCUAAAACCUCUGUAUUCAUCGCAAUUCUCUCUCUCCCACCUAACUUCUGCAUUUACCGUAAUUCUCUCUCCCUCUAACUUCUGUAUUCACCCCAAUUUUCUCUCUCUCUUUCUUUCUCUCUCUCUAACUUCUGUAUUUACCUCAAAUCUCUCUCUUCCUCUAACUUCUGUAUUUAUCCAAAUUUUCUCUCUCUCUCUCUCUCUCUCUCUCUCUCUCUCUUUAACUGCUGUAUUUAUCUCAAUUCUCUCUUUUUCUAUCUCUCACUCUCACUCUCUCUAUUUCUAUCCUUCUCUCUCUCUCUCUCUUCUGUUGGCUCAAACAGUUUCAAAUAGAUAA